AUUUGCUUUGUAAAAAGAAACCCAAAACAAUAUGGCAAAACUUCUCUUCUCCCUCUCACUCCUCCUUCCUCUUCUCUCCACCACCACCGCUGCCGUCGGUCGCCACCCUCACGACUCACUCUCCCCUGACGAGUUCGAACUCACCCGAUCACUCAUAACAAAUUCCAACCCCUCCACCAACGUAACCUUCCAAUACGUCGCCCUCGCCGACCCGCCCAAGCAAUCAGUCCUCGCAUGGCUUUCAAACCCCAAAACCCCUCCGCCACCACGUCGCGCCACCGCCAUUGUCCGGUUAAACAAAGCCACACAUGAAAUCCUCAUAGACCUAGUAAAAAAAUCCAUCCUCUCGGACCAGGUCUACUCCGGUCCAGGGUACGCACCAUUUACAUUCGAGGAGCAGUUUGCAGCUGCGGCUUUGCCACUGUCCCACCCGCCGUUUGAGGCAGCGGUGAAAAAAAGAGGACUGAAAAUAGAAAAGGUGGUUUGUAUAUGUUUUAGCGUUGGAUGGUUUGGGGAGAAAAGGAAAAUGGAAAAGAGGAUUGUGAAAGUUCAAUGUUUUGAUUUGGAUGGGAGUUUGAAUUAUUACAUGAGGCCUGUGGAAGGAGUUAUAGUGAUCGUUGAUCUUGAUGAGAUGAAGAUUGUUGGGUUUCGUGAUAGAUAUAGGGUCCCAAUGCCUAAGGCGAGUGGGACUGAAUACAGAGCAUCAAAGCUCAAACCACCAUUAUUGCCACCUUUGAAUGGAAUUAAGAUGGUGCAACCGGAUGGCCCUAGCUUUAAAAUCGAUGGCCAUUCUAUUAGUUGGGCGAAUUGGAAUUUUCAUUUGAGCUUAGAUGAGAGAGCAGGCCCAAUUAUUUCACUAGCAUCAAUCUACGAUAUAGAAAAGCAAAAACGUCGACAAGUAAUGUACAGAGGAUUCAUAUCGGAGCUGUUCGUGCCAUACAUGGAUUUAAACGAAGAAUGGUACUACCGAACGUUUUUCGACGCUGGCGAGUACGCCUUGGGACAGUGUGCCGUGUCAUUACAGCCGCUUCAAGAUUGUCCGGAAAAUGCCGUGUUUAUGGACACCUACACGGCUGCGGGAGAUGGAAGACCGGUGAAGAUGUCCAACACUUUUUGUAUAUUUGAACGCCAUGCUGGUGAUAUCAUGUGGCGUCAUACGGAGGGCAACAAGAACGUUCCUAAUACACCUAUUACAGAGACGAGGACGGAAACAAGCUUAGUGGUGAGGAUGGUGGCUACUGUGGCAAACUAUGACUAUAUUGUAGAUUGGGAAUUUAAGCAGAGUGGCUCCAUUGCUGUUGAUAUUGGGUUAACUGGUUUGCUAGCAGUUAAAGCAUCAAAGUACACUCACAAUGACCAAAUAAAGGAAGAAGUUUAUGGCCCAUUGUUAGCCGAGAAUACGAUCGGUGUCCAUCAUGACCACUUCGUCACUUUCCACCUCGAUCUUGACAUGGACGGCGUUGCCAAUUCCGCUGUCAAAUCCAAUCUCCGCACAGUUCGAUCGCGGGAUCCCAAUUCCCCUAGACUAAGUUAUUGGACAGUCAUCGCCGAGACAGCCAAAACAGAGGAUGAUGCGAUGAUCAAACUCGGCCACCAAGAGGUCGAGGUGUCCAUCGUUAAUCCCAAUCAAAAGACCAAAGUGGGAAAUCCCGUCGGCUACCGUCUGAUCCCAAGGUCCACGGCGGGUCCCCUUUUAAGUCCUGACGAUUACCCUCAAAUAAGGGGAGCUUUCACCAAUUACGAUGUGUGGGUUACACCAUAUAAUAGCUCCGAAAAAUGGGCUUCUGGACUCUUCACUGAUCAAAGCCAUGGAGACGAUACCUUAGCUACUUGGACUCUCAGGAACAGGAAGAUAGAGAACGAGGACAUAGUGAUGUGGUACACAAUGGGGUUUCAUCAUGUGCCUUGCCAAGAAGAUUACCCGUUAAUGCCAACUUUAAAACGUGGCUUUGAGCUUAGACCAACCAAUUUCUUUGAGAGCAAUCCUGUUCUUAAAGUCACCCCACCCCGCAUAGUCAACUUGACCAAUUGCUCUUAGACUUCAAACCAUAACUAAACCCUCCAUCUCCUUUGGAUUGUACUUUAAGAAUAAACUUCAUUAACACAACACUCAUACUACUUAUGUUUUUUAAUCCUUAAAAGAAUAUAGAAACAUAUCAGUACCUUUAUUUGAAUAACAAGCUAAAUGAGUUGUGUCA